AUGGCUAUUUCAGAGACAGUGGGCGUUCCGGCACCCCAUACUCGGGAACUAAAUGCCUAUAAACCUGCCACAUUCGACCCCGAGAAACACAUGAGUUACCGUACGCCUGAAGAAAUCAUUACGUUCGACGACCUGGGUCUCAACCCCCCUACCGCUACCUCCCCGGUCGCCAUCACCACGCCCUUCCCGCUGCUCUCUGCCGACGGGGUCCGAGAACUUCGUGCGGACAUCUUUCGCCGCGAGGUGGUUGGAAAGUACGGCUCCCUGAAGUAUCCGGGUGUCUAUCGUAUCCGAGGCUAUGGCCCAGAUGCGCCUUUCACCUACGCUCUCUGGCGCAGCGAGGCUGUGCGGCAAGCCUGCUCGGAAGCCGCGGGCACGGAGCUCGACAUCAUCUACGACUACGAGAUCGGACAGCUGAAUGUCCAACUCCCUGCAGACGUCAAUAAGGACGCGCCCAUCACCGAGAAUCUCCCUCCACCGGUGCCUCCCCGGAAUUCCGCUCCCCUUGAAGAAGACGGCGCGCUUGCCGAGACCGAAAGUACUAGUAAGGCGCUGGUGUCUGCAUGGCAUAACGAUUCCUACCCGUGGGUCUGCGUUUUGAUGUUAUCGGACCCCGUGGGCAUGAAAGGAGGCGAGACCGCGCUCCGGACCGGUGACGGGUCUAUCAGGAAGGUCAAGCCCCCGGGAAUGGGGUACGCAGUCAUGAUGCAGGGAGGCUCCGUCAACCACGCCGCACUGCCGUGCCUGGGCGAGGGCGAGAGAAUCACCUUCGUCACUUCGUUUAGACCCAGAGACGCUGCCGUGCGGGACUCGAGCAGCCUGAGGACGGUGAGGCCGAUCAGCAACUUGGACGAACUGUACAGACAGUGGGCCAGCUAUCGAUUGGACGUCAUGUCGCAACGCGCAGCUCUGAAGAUGAAGGAGUUGGACGUGCGUGGACGCUCGGCGGAUGAGAUACGGCAAAUGAUGAGCCAAUGGGUUCGAGACCAGGUGGAAUACCUUGAGACUACGGUGAAGGAGAUGAUGUAG